CUUUGAUUCCUCAUUCCAGUUUCCUUGUUCUAAAAAAUCUGCAGGAGUAUUUCAAAAUCCCUAAGAUUUUGGGGAUGCUUGGUCGUGUUCCAUAGCUAGUUGGGCAUCAUAUAGUCCAUUGGAGAAAUGGAGCACAUGUUUAUUGAAACAAGCUUAAUUUUGCUCAUAAAAUUCAGCAAAAUCACAAACUGCUGCUCCGAUUCAUUAUCAAUUGAAGUGCUAAAUGGUAUGAGCUAGCAGGUAUUACAUGAUUUACUAUUCUGAGGUGAUUUGUGGGAAUAGUGGAAAUUAAAGUGAAAGGUGCUCUGAAGCUUUUGGUGAAGUGCUAGCAGGGAAAACUACAGUAAACGUACUUGUGGUUUGGGGUGUUUUCAAUUCGGGGCAUGAGAUUCAUUUCUUGACAACCACGGGCGCGUGAUUCCACUCCGUUAUCUCACCCGGGGCACCGACCUUACGACGUUAGUAAUAACUGACGUGGCAAAAUUUUUAACGGUGAAAUUUGAAAUGGUUCAUCUACGCAUAUACACGUGGCUUAUCUUUUCUACUUAAUUAUUAAAACCCUCCAGCCUCUUGUUUAAGGCUGUCCUUAAGACGUCGGUGAAGGAAAAAAAGAAGGAAAGGCGAGUAAGACGGCGAUGAGUUCUUCGAGCGCUGAGUCCCAGUGGAUGGAUGGAAGAAGACGAAUUAAGAGGUGUGAGUGUGGACUCCAAGCACCGGUGUGGACUGCUACGACAGACAAAAACAGGGGGAAAAGAUUUCAUGGGUGCGGUCGUUUCUUGAGUGCUCAAAAGUGCAAUUUUUUUGAAUGGGUUGAGGAUGAAGAAUGUGUUACUUGUUUGAGACGGAUAGAUACUUUGCUCCAGAAGAUUACCAGUGUUGAAGACAAUUUCCGAGUGAAAGAAUUGGAGAUGCAAGCUGAAAUCAAGAGUUGUGUUCGGGGGAUAGGGCUUUUGAAACUCCAAAAUAUGGAAGAGGAACUUAAGAUGUCAAAGAAAGGCAAUAAGACUUUCUCCUGGAAUGUAGUGUGGUUCGGGUUGUUGGUUAUCAUCUUGUUGGGAAGUAGGAUAUAUUAGGUGUGUAAGGUUGCCAUGUGUUUGAUAAAAUGUGUCACUCAAACUUCAGUAUCAAUUAAUUGUCAUUUUCUUUAGUAG